AUGGAGAGGUUGAUCACGGAGGAGAGUGGGAUCAAGGCGACGCGAGAAUUGGGAAAGUAUCUUGGGAUGCCAAUUCUGCAAAAGAAGAUCAACAAAGACACCUUUGGGGAAACGCUUGGGAGAGUCUCAGCACGACUCGCCGGAUGGAAAGGACGUUGCUUAAGCUUCGCGGGAAGACUCACGCUCACAAAGUCCGUUAUCUCUUCGGUACCGGUCCAUACAAUGAGUGUGAUCUCACUGCCGAAAUCUACUCUUGGAAGCUUAGACAGAGUGACACGUUCGUUUCUAUGGGGAAGCACUACAGAAAAGAGGAAACCACAUCUUUUGAAUUGGAAGAAGGUGUGUCAACCAAAGCGAAAUGGGGGGCUCGGGAUUAGAUCCGCCACUGACAUGAACAAGGCACUAUUGGCUAAGAUAGGAUGGAGAUUGCUACACAACGUUGAUAGACUAUGGGCCAGAGUGCUACGACACAAAUACAAAGUGAAAGAAGCUCAAGAUCAGAGUUGGUUGGUGCCUAAAGGGACAUGGUCAUCCACAUGGAGGAGCGUUUGUCUGGGACUGAGAGAGAUAGUCAUGCUGGGUUCGAGCUGGGUGAUCGGUGAUGGUAAACUUGUGAGAUUUUGGACAGAUAAGUGGCUACUAGGGAAACCGCUUCGAGAGGUAACCCUUAUGCCGCUGUCGCAUGAGAAUGAGGAGUUGCGGGUCUGUGACUUAUGGAGACCUGGAACCGGGUGGAUGUUUGAGCAGCUGGAGCCUUUGCUUCCGCUAAAUGUGGUAUUACACUUGCAGGCGCUAGUGAUUGAUAAUGUCACUUGA